GCUGCCAUGUGUCUCCUUUGCGGAAAUACUCCUCGCCCUUUCGUGGCGCAUAUGACAAAAUACCGCGAUUCAAAAUAUAAAAAUGGAAUCUGUAGACACGAACAAUACUGCAACGCAUAUGACCCAGAGCCACGAUAGCUUCUGCGUACACUUCAACAGCCGUAGCUUGCGCUCGCUGGCCGCAUGCGUGUAAGACAAGCGGUUUUUCACGACAGGUUCACCUUCCACUUCCAAGAAGUCAGAGGCUGUCUUUGUUGGUUUGAAUUUAUGACUCCGUGUCUCCCUGCCGGAUAUUCUUCCGUUGUCUACUUUAUGUAGUGGGGCCGGAAACCCGAGUUGUUACUCCGUACAUGGCGCAACGCAGAUCUAGCUCAACGGUUGAAGGGUGUCAUUCACUCUUCAUCACGGAGCUACGCUCUCUUUCAACGCUUCUCAGUUUUCUGGAGCUCCUUCUAUUGUUACGCUUGGCGGUACGUCUAACUCCGGAAAGACUAGUAACACACAGGUCUCGGAUGACUGAACCCCUUGGCUUGUGCGUCGGCUCUGCGCCGUUGGCAGAACAUACUGGCGCCUUGUGUCGUGGACUGGGUGUCGAUAAUAGGCUACAAUGUAUCGUUUCUUGCUUACGCAACUGAAAUUCUUGAUGGGUUCACAUCCGUGAGAGUUCAUAUCUCCUCCCUGUCAGGUCUUAUAGCUCGUUUAAGUGACCUUUCCGGCUGCGUUCCACGGCAGACUUCAUCCGCAGAAGGCAGAAGCAAGUGCCGCUGGCGCUUGAUAGUCACUGUUUACUGUUCAUGGGCAGGCGUCUGCAAACGGAUGAGUUUAAAACGGGGAUUUCGAGUUAAGAGGCUUCAUGAUAUCGCUCCAAUAGGAGGAUGUGGUCGACUGGCGAACAUGCCUUCCUUUGAGAGAGUCUUGCAGGCUGUAUCCGCCUUACCGAGGGUGUGAUAAGCCGCACGGAUUGUCUGGAGCAUUCACGCUGUCUCUCCAUUCUCUAGGUGCUGGCAGCCAUGGCGGCAGCUCCGCCGAAGAUGGUAAUUCCACCGACACCACUAAAGAAACCGAACAUUGUCGUCAAGAAACCACUUAUACCGGUUUCACCGGCAGGGGGUCUGAAGAAACCAGGGCCCGGUGGACCUGUGAAAGCCCCUCCACCCAAACCAGUCCCGGUUGCCAAAAAAGUCCUAGGUCAUGAUGCCGCUGCCCCCGAGAAAAAACCUUUUGUCAAGCCUGCGCCAAAGCCCACGGGCACGAAGGCCGCUCUGACAAAGCCAGCUCUAGAUAAGUCUGGAAAAGCGGCCAAAGAAGCCAAAGCGGCUAAACCGGCGGAGACCAAGCCGGCCUCUAAGAAAGAAAUUGCAACAAAACAGGUAGCGAAAGGCAAAGGUAAGGCUGCCAAGGCUGCUGCUGCCCCAGCGAAGAAGGCGGCUUCUUCUGGUGGGUUUUUCUCGCGUUUGUUUCGUCGAAAGAAGAUUGAAUCCGACAACGAGAAACCGAAGCCCGUUGUAACGAAGCCGAUCCCGAAAUUCGACAAGGUUGAGCUCCGAAAAGUUCUCGCCAAGAAAUUUGUAAAGGGUACGUCUCCGGCGAAUAGCUUCCGACCACGCUUCGGAAAAGCCGCCGAGGCUCCGGUGGCAAGUCCCAAGGUCGGCCAAGAUGGUACUGCACCGCUGACCAAAGGGCUCGAACCUGAAGAACAAUCAAAAGCGCCCGGUUCUGCUGCUGCUGUCCCGAAGACUGCUAUUUCCCCUAAGACUCCUGUGAUUUCCCCUAAGUCUGCGAUUUCUCCUAAGCCUUCUGCGGCUUGCCCUAAGCCUCCUGCGACGUCUCCGAAGACUCCUGAGACUCCCCUCCAGUCUGUUCCUGGGCCGCCGCCGCUCAAAGGGCCUCCGGCAGUCGGAGCGAAAACGGAGGCGACGGAAGGCAAAGAGCCAGGGCCUACGCCGGAUGGUUCCAAGCCGGCGUUGCCCAAAAUUCUGCCUAAAAAGCCACCAGGAUUAGACACGAUAAUUGCGCCCAAGAAAGUGGAAAUCGCUCCGAAAAAGCUGCCCACUACAACCGAAAAGGCAAAAGAUUCUGCGAAGGAACCAUCACCCAGUAGCAAGGCAGACACCAAAGCGGGUGCGGCAGAACAUGACGCGAAAAAACCGUCGCCACCCGAACGUGGGAAACAACAAGAAGCACCCAAGGGCGGACCAGCUCCACGGCGCACAUUGGCGGACCUCUUAGCGAAAGGUUCAGCAUCGGCCCCGGAGCGCGCUGACAAAGACGACUCUCUGACUGAAAAGGUGAAGGCCUUUUUUCGAGACAACCCUCAACAUAUUCCAGAAGCCGAGGCGGACCUGAAAUCCCCAGACCUCUCCGACAGUGUAGUCACCAUCGUGCUAGAAGGUAUUGAGACGUCUCCAGAGCAGAAAAACGCCGUGAAAGCCGCCAUCAAGACUGUUUACAACACGGAAAUCGCGACCCGCUGUGUGCGCGACUAUUUGGCUGCGGAGUGGAGUACUCGGCGUGCGGAGCUUAUCGAUGGCAAGCUUGGGCCGGAACCUGUAGCCAAAGAGGUUCAGAAGGAUAACCCGAAAAUUGUUGAAGCGCGAGACUGGAUCGCCGUCGCCCAGGACACUAAAGCGGCUGCUGUUGCUGUUCGCAAUGCGCUGGAAGAUCUGAAGAAGAAGGGAAGCGCUUACGACGAUCUAUUAAAGGCACCGUUCAGGGACUCUGCCAAGUUUAAAUCUGUGGCGGACCCGAUCAUCAGUUCCAUCCAAGCAAAGCCUGAGAUGGCCUGUUUGAGUUCACGAGCCCUCCAAGCACAGCUAGAGGAUUUCGUGGCACAUGAGCAGGCACUCCCCGACGUCAAGGCCUUUCUCGAGAAAGAGCCAAACGUCGCUCGGUCCAUCGUUGAUGCGUACAAAUUCCGAGAAACGCCAGCGGCAGGCACAAAGGCCGCGACCACCACUGGCGCCACAAAGGGUCAAACAGGCACUGCUGCGGGAGCGAAAAAGCCAGGCUCUGCUGGGGGGGCGAAAGGCCCAGGCACUGCUGGGGGGGCGAAAGCAACAAGCACGGUUGGGGGGACAAAGCUCAGGCCCAUCGGAGUUGGGCGUCCCGCUACCAACAACUUGGGCGCUCGGGCGCUUGGCGGAGGAGCCACUAAACGUCUCGGGGGGAUGGGGCGAGUAGCACAGCAGCCUAAGGAGUCUGUGAAGUCGUUGGCGGAAAAGUUCUUCAAUGAGGCCAUGGAAGCUAUCAACGCAGCCUUUGUCGAAAAGUAUAGGACAGCGAUUCUCGUCGGUGUUAUCCAUGAGCUUGAAGCAGGUCUGACAAUUCCAAAAGGAACGUGUUGGCUUGCGGACAUGCUUCUCACCGUGGAUAAAACAACGGGUGUCUUCGAUCACCAUUCAGUCAUCUCCUACAUGUUUGGCUUCUUUGACUCGAUCAGCUACUUGCGGUUUCGCGAGUGCAGCAAGCUCACACAUCGCGCGGUUGAAAUGGACCUCGACAAACGCCUUUUCCAUUUUCCACUACAGACUCGACGGGAGCGAACCGACAUCGGAUACUUCUAUCAGGUGGUCAGUUUUUUCUGCGGGGCGGCAGCCAGACUUGCGCCACUGGAUCGAAAGAAGUACCUUCCACCUUCGGUUCUGAAGGCGGCGGAGUGGAUGGUGCCCAUGUCCCCUGAUGCCAUGCAGUCGCAUGUGUUCGUCUCACUCGAUCGAUUGUCGCAUGACAUGAUUAGCUUGGUCGAGUCCGAGAAGCCACUGCCUCAUUUGUGGAGAAGAAGCCACUCGAAACCGGAUUCGUUAGGCAAGGCGAUCUCGACUGAAAUUGAUUUGCAUGAUUUCGUUUGGGAGUACCGACAGCGAGUCAGUGUUGUUCGAGACGAGAUCGUUUGGCAGCAUCCUGUCGACGGCCUUGACGAAGAUUCAGUCUGCGCGCUGUUUCAAAAUAUGCUCAGGAUACUGAAGCAGAUUGCGGAACGGCACAACGGCAUUUGUUUAUUCCGGCGAAGUGAAUAUCUUCUAAACACAGAUAUUCACAUCACACACCGCAUUUGGCUUCAGUGCAGUGUUUCGUGGGGAGGUGUGCUGGAGGCGCCAGAAUCUAUGAUAAGACUGUACUUCACAAUUGCUGACAAUUUCUCCUGGAAUGGCUGAGUGCAGCUGUGUGCCGUGGUGUCUGGAGAUCCAUGGGAAGGUGGUCGUCCAGAAGCAUCCCCUUUCAGUCAGGGAUUCUGCAGGAAAGCAUGCACGGUUACUGAUGUCACUUUGCCUCAUCGUCUAGAAAACAGCAAGUGUGUCAAUCGUGUGUGUUCUACGACCACUCUGUAGGCGAUCAUCGCCAGAGUCAGACGACGGUGUAGGCUUCAUGAACCACUGACAUCAAGGACUCACGGAGGCUUGACAUUUUGUUGAAAGCAACCUACCGCGUGCGAAACCGUCAUUUAAACUAAGGUUUCGAUUUUAUGGAUCCCUCCUUCAAUGCGUUUUCGAAACGUUCCGGAAACGACUUCUUCAGGUUUGUUACCUGUGUUCCCUUCGAAGCGUCGUCCUGCUCGUAGGGUGCCCAUACCUGUACAGUAUGGAACGUAUGCGGGGAGUCGAAGCUUGGCCCUGUUCGUGAGUGUCGAACUAAAUCUAUAUGAUGUGUGGUCUACCUUUGGGGAUCGGCUCCACAAAUUCAUCGCAGACCGCGUCGACAAACGUUUCCUGGGUGGCACUGCUGCUAAAAUGCGUCCUCACAU